AAUAAGGUUAAUGAGACCACAAUCUCCAAAGAUCCUGCAAACUCAAACUAUCGCCACAACUCGCCUAAUUAGUUCUCCUCCCAGAGAUACACGCUAAGAUUCAUGUAGUAGACUGGCCAAAAUCACCACCUGCUAGACUAGACCAAAGGCUACUAUUACUACUUUAUCAUAAAAACCUGUCGUUGAAACCAGAACUGUCGUUCUCUGUUCAGAUAAGAAGUGUUUAGGACAUGUAAAUUAAAUUAAAACUAAAUCAGGAAAAUCUCAUAGAACAAUUAACCUAAGAUAAUAAUAAAUUAAAUUAACGUAUAUAUGAGUUAGAACACUAAAUUGAUAAGUAUGACGGUGAAUAACAAACUUGGAUGAGUACAGCUAUUGAAAUAGAGAGUAUGAGAAAGUUGCUAGAAGAAACUCAGAGGAAUCAUCAAGAUGAAGUUCAACAUCUAAAUUCUGAAAUUCAAAAUCAAGAAGAUAAAAUUAAAACUCUUACCUCAACUUAGCGAAAUCUAGAAGCUGAUUAUAAAAUCCUGUAAUAGGAGAUAGAAAGAUAAUAAUUCAUAAUUCAAGAUAGAGAUGAGUAAUUAUACUAGUAAGAAUACAGAAUAAAGGAUUAUGAGAAGUAGUUGUAAGUUGGAGAAAAUGUAAUUGAAGAGAGGAAUUCUCAGAUUUCAAUCUUACUCGAUUAGAUUAAAUAAUAUGAAUCACAAUUUGCUACAUCAAAUAAUGUUAUUGACUAAUUGAAAUUAGAACUAGCAUAGAAGGAUAUAUAAAAUCAACUAUUAUUACAAUAAAAAGAUUCCUUAAUUUCUAAUUAUAGAGAGAAUCUUGAUCUUUUAGAAUACAAAGUAUAAUAGGAUUAACAAUUAGAUGCUCAGAGAAUUUAAAAAUUAGCAGAAUUCGAAAGUUAAAAUUAGGAUUUAAAUAACAAAGUUGAAGAUUUACAAUUGCAAUUAUAGGCUCUAUAAGAAAAGAAUAAUUAUUUAAAUGGAUAAGUAAUUUUCAAUGAUCAAGCAAACUCUAAUCUCUUAAAUACUGCAGAGAAUCAGACGAAACAUUUAGAAUUCUAAUUACAAAGUUAAGCUGAUGAAUAAAUGAAUAAAGAACACUUCCAAAAUUUAUAAUAAUAAUUAUAUAACACCAAAUAGCAAGUUGAAGAAAAGGAUAAUUUAAUACUGAAUUUAAAUGAUUAAGUAGUUAAUCUCACUACUCAAAUUAGGGAUAAAGAGGAUAAACUAGAGUUACUUCAUUAUGAAAAGGCUUAAUAAUUAGCCUAAAUAGCUUAAAAUAAUAAUUAAGAAUUAUAUAAUUACUUGAUUAUUAAUGAAGAGUUAAAACAUAAAUUGUAGUUAAAGUCUUUAUAUGAAUUAGAAAGUCAAAAGUUAUAAAAUCAGGUGCAGUUAUUAUAAGAAUAGAUUUCAGACAUUUCAAGAGAAAAAGAAGUUUUUGAAAACAGUUAAUUUUAGCUAAUAUAAGAAAUUAAUUAAUUAUAGGAAUGUCUUUAAUCAACCAAAAGAACAGAAGAAAAGAUUGUAAAUGAUAAUUAAGAACUGCAAGAAUAAUUAGUGCUUCAAAGUUUGGAAGUGUAAAGGCUUUAAAGUGAAAAUAGAGAUUUAAAGGAUAAACUAUCAUAAAAAUCUGAUGAAAUCUAAAUGUUGAAUUAAUAAAAAACAUAAAUACUUGAAAAUAACUAACUAUUACAAGAAGUAGAGGACAGAUAAAUUGAAUAAUUUGAAAUCAAAAUAUAAGAAUUAAUCACUCAAUGUGAUACACUCUAAUCGGACUUAAAAUAAUAAGCAGAGCUAAAUGAUGAAUUGAAGAAGUAAAACUAGUUUUCAUAAGUUUAAAUAUCUCACUUAAUAGAAGUAGAAUCAUAAUUGAGAUAACUCAAUGAAUAGACUAAUCAAUAAUAAAAAAACCUUUAAUAAGAGUUAGAUAAUAAAAAUGAGGAGGAAAAUACACUUAAAUUUAAACUUGAAACCUUAUUAGAAGAUAUCAAAGAAAAACAAAUGUAAUUAGUAGAAUUAGAUAGACAAUUAUAACUUACAGAAUAGGCUAAUUAAAGUCAAUAAUUAAGUUUAGAGGAGAAGAUUAAUUAUCUUUAAAAUGAAGUGGAAAUGUGGAAAGAGAAGUUCAUUAUAUUAAAUAGAGAUUAUCAUAAAGUUUAGGAGGAUUUAAUGAUGGUUUAAGCGGAAUUUGAAGCAUUCAACAAGAGAGGAUUAGAGAUUAAGAAUAUCAAGGUAAUAUUAUUAACUUUAUAUAGGAAUCUACUUACUUUGAAGUCAGAAAAUCAUCAUUGUAUAAGGAGAAUAUUGAUGUUAAAGCGAGUUAAACUUCAAUAGGCAGACUUUUCAAAGAAAACAUUUGAAUCGAUAAUAUAU